AUGUACCAAUGGUACGAAGCAGCCAGGAUAUGCUUUGUUCUUCUGGAAGAUCUACUUCCUGAACAACCACUGGAAGCAUAUUUGACUUCCUGUCGUUGGUUUUCACGGGGAUGGACACUGCAAGAAUUGAUCGCGCCGCGUUUGGUGGAAUUCUUCGACCAGAGUCUGCAGUUUAUUGGGAGUAAACGCGAUCAUGUCGAGUUGAUCUCGGCUACCACCAAGAUUCCUCCUCAUAUCUUACGGGAAGGUGUCGAGGGAGCGUCGAUCUGCGUUGCCGCGAAGCUAUCCUGGGCUGCUGGGCGCCAGACAAAACGUAAAGAAGACGCCGCAUACAGUUUGCUUGGACUAUUCAAUGUCCAUAUGCCCUUGAUCUACGGUGAGGGCGACCAAGCGUUUCAACGCUUGCAAGAAGAGAUUGUCAAACGACACAACGACAUGACUAUUUUCGCCUGGAAUCCUCUUGAAAGGCAACUCUACGAGCGACAAUACAUAGGUCUCUUCGCUCCUUCCCCUGCACACUUUGCAAACAGCUUCGCUAUCUACCCUUUCGACGACGUAUUCAUUGAAUUCUCUACCACGAACAAAGGUGUUCUAUUCACGAGCGAAAUUCGCCUACGUGUUGUAGAGCAACCAGGUGACGACGAUCCUGGUGUGGUUUACCUCUUUUGCCUAGGUAUGAGUUCUCAAUACGGUGGUUACGAGAGACGAAGGCAUACCGGCAUCUACCUUCGCAAACUUGGGCCUCGUUUGUACUGUAGACUUGGUAACAUCGCGAUGGCAAGUUUUCCUUGGAAGGCCACUCGGAGAUUGAGCACACUAGACGUAACGGCAACACACAUCUUGAUUGAUCCGAUCGUCGCCACAACCAACGUCCCCUUCCUUUAUCGUAUGAGUUCGGUACAUGUCCCAUGCCCCGGCAACAUCCGAGUUGACAAAGCAUACCCAACAACCCUAUGGGAUCACACAGACAGUCUUUACAUGUCAGCGAGGUUCUAUGGAUGGACUCUACACCCCGUGGUGCUAGCCCUAUCUAUUUGGGUAUGCAACGUUCCGUUAGUACUGCUAUGCGACUACAAAGUAGAACCACCGGUCUUGAAGGCAUUUCAACCAUUACAAAGACCGCGUGAAACUGCGCUCAUCUUCCAAGAAAAGUAUCGGGAGGACGGAACAUCGUGGCAAGAUCUGUUCCUGCAAGCUCCUAGCUUGGAGACACUGAACGAUACAGUUUUUAUCGAUCAGGGAGCUACGUCAAUGCGGAUUCGCUUCACCUUGGAGUCCAAACAUAUAUGGGUACUGUACAAGAAGAUCACUGCCAAGAGUCUCACUUUCUCAAUAGUACAUGUUCCUGCAGGCCUGGACAAACCAUUGAGCCAAAGCAGAAUUGAAACAAAACGUCUCGGCCUGGGAAGUUCUCCGACGCACAAUGAAUACGUUACAUACGGUCGGGAUACUUGUUAG